GAAAACCCCUAUUCUGCUUGGUGCGUUGCAGUGUUUUUGUGUUUUUAUUAUUGUUGUAAGCGAAUUAAAAGCCGGAAAUGGUACAUUCAAGUGCAAAGGAUUUUGAUCGUUGAAUAAAUCGCUUCGUUUGCAAAAAACGCAGACACCCGGCCUGUCUUGACCAUACAAAUGCCGCGUCGAUCCGUUCCCAACAUACGCAGCGUUGCCCCUCCAGACAGUCCGUGUGCCGGUUCGAGCACAUUGAAAAUUGGCCUCGAAAAAUCGGCACUUUUUUCAACGGGCAAAUUCGCAAAUGUAGCAAAAACCGUGUUAUGUCUCAGAAAGCGAAAUAUUUGUGCCGGUUCACGCGGGAAUUAGACGAAAAACUUAUCGAAUUGGUAUCGGCAAAUGAGGUUUUGUACGACACGGGCCACAAGUACUAUAAGGAUUUGAACGUGCGUGAUGACGUUUGGCUCGCGAUUUCUUCGAUAGUAGGAAGGACGGUAACAGACUGUAAAACGAGAUGGAGAAGUCUAAGAGAUCUCUACCACAGGAAAAAGAAAGAUCAAAGAAUGGGCAAAAAAAUCAGAUCACCUUGGGAGUACAUGGAUUCCAUAAGCUUCUUGGAAAAAUUCACAACUGAAAAAAGAGCUCUCCAAGAUGACCCUCUCGAAGACCAACAAGACGAUGAAAACAAAAUCGAUAUCAAACUAGAAUUCGACGCGGACCUCCCUAGCACUAGCACCAGUGAAAACGGUACCACCUCAAUAGAAGAACCAACCCCAUCAAAAAAACAAAAAUUAAUAAAAGAAGAGGGACAUUCAUUCCUUCACGACAACUCUGCCAUUCUGCAUCUUCUAAGAGAAAUAAGGGACCUGGCAAAAACUAGAGAAAAUCCUAUAAUGACGUUUUUCGAUAGUAUGGCUAAAACCGUUGUGAAGUUUCCACCUGCUCAGGCUGCCGAGGUAAAAUUGAAGGUAUGUCAAAUAGUUACUGAGAUGGAGUGUAGGAUUUUAGAGGAGACUGGGAAUUAUCCGGAUAAUUUGGAAACUUUUGAGUAAAAAAAAAAUCGAGUUGGUGAACUGGUUCUGGGUUUCGCUGAUGUGAAUAUUUUGGAUGAGGAUCGUCAACGAAACUUGGUACCAGUCAAUUCGACUCUCAAGUUAACUAAAUGUUAAGUUUUCCAAACAAUCAAAUUUUCCAGGAAACCAGAAAAGGGCAUUUCAAUUUUCAAAUAUAAGAAAUAUGUAUGUGAUAUUCUCUAUAAGAGUUUAUGAUAAAAAUUAUUAUGUUGUAGAAUAUUUUCUAGUUUUUUAAGAAGUAAAUUGUGUUUCUAUUUUUUUUUUUGUUUAGGGUAUACAGCCAGAUGAUUUUUUAAUUCUGAUUGGCAAGCAGGCUUUUGAAAAGCACUGCAUUCUUUCCUAAUUUGCUCCCAACAAGUUGACGAACUUUACUGUUUCUGUUGAAGGAAAAAGUUUUUAUUUAUGUGUUUCGAUUAGAAACUUUAAGUUAAGUUUUUCCUGAGGAGUUUUGAAUUAAGUUUUCUCCAACCACCACAUGUGGUUUUUAAUAUAAGUACCAUUUCUUUAUAUGUAUAAGUAUAUUAGGGACAAUUAGGGUAAUUUUUGUUUCUUUGCGUAAUUUGAUCAGAAAUUCCAGGGUCGUUCCCAGGUCCUACGUAGUCUCAUGCAAAAAGAAAUUUGGGUUUGCACAUCUCAAAUGAAUUUCAUCCCCAAUUUCUAUCCAUCUGGAUUCGCAGAUAUCUAUAAAAAAAUAAAAAAAUUGUUCUUAACUGAAACUUGUUGGUUACUUAUGAUAGAAAAAUAUCUAUUUUUCAAUUAGAGCAAAAAAUGUAUCUUAAGCCAGGUUAGCACGGUCCAAGUGUACUUGAAUAAAGUAGGUACCCAUGAACGCUGUGCGCACUUCAACUGGACGAUACUAAUAUCGUAUCAACUGUUUAUCCAAGUACAGUUGGAUAGGUUCUGAUAUCCAAGUGCAUUUGGACUGUUAAGCCAGGUUGAUACGGUAAUUGGAUUAAGAACCCUUGGACGCCUCGCGCACCUCGCUUGGACGAUACUUGGAUAUGGUACUAUUUAUCCAAGUCCUGUUUGAUAAGUCCUGACCUCCAAGUACUUAAUCGGCUGACUGCCAACUUACUUGGUCCAAGUUCUCAUCUAAUAGUACGGGAUACGAGGCCUAUUUCAUCAAAUCAUUUUACACCGUCUUGCAUUGUUAUCAUCAGUUAGAUAACAUGGUACUGAAACGCACUUGUGCAGGGAAAUAGAUGGAAGUGGGGGAUUUCGCUGAAAAAAAUGUUUUAGAAAAUGUCGUCAUAAACGAGGAAAAUAUAUUAUUAUACACCGUCUUGCAUUUAUUUAUUGAGUUAAUUUGUACACAAACAAAAUUGGAUUAACACAUGCAAGACGUUUUCAUGGGGGUUUUGGGGUUGCAAUAAAAGAUGGAAUUUGUCAAUUUGUGAGAGGGGUAAAAAAUCAUUUUUUCUACAAACGUGUUAAAAAUGCAAUUUUUAACACCCCCCCGAAGCAUUAAAAAUGUUACUUUAUCGCACUAGUGCCAUAAAGUCUUUAUAGCACUAGUGUUAAAAAUGAAACAUCAAAUUUUGAGAGCGAACGUCAAAAAAAGUUUGUAUUUUUAGUUAUUUACAUUGAUAUUAAUGGUGAAAUUUGAACAUUUGAGGUAGCCCGAUUGGCCGCCUCAUGUAUAUUUUUCAAGGGAUCGAUGCAACCCUCUUUUUCUUCUGUAUUUUGUUGCAUUUUAAGCAAAAAGCAGUACUGACCACGACAGACUUCCAAGAAACUGACAAGACAUUUCAUUACCUGUAAAACAAGGUGCUGGUUGUUUGGAUGUCAAAUUCAAUAAUUUCAUGUAGGAAAGAUGCUUCCAAUUUAUUAUUCAUUUAAAAAUCCAAUUUGUUACUGGUUAUUGCUUUUUAUGGCCGUUUGUAGAAAAAAUAUUGUAUGAUAUUUGUGUUAAUAGUUAUUUAUGAUAUAAGUGUAAAAAGUACAUUUUUAAGGCACGCAUGUGAAAGUUUGCAGAAUGAGCGAAGCGAAUUCUGCAAUUCACAUAAGUGCCUUAAAAAUACUUUCAACACAAAUAUCAUACAAUAUUUUUUCUACAAACGGCAAUAAAAAGCAAUAACCAGUCACAAAUUGGAUUUUCAAAUGAAAUUGGAAGCAUCUUUCCUACAUAAAAUUCUUGAAUUUGACAUUUGUCAAAAAAUCCAUACAACCAGCACCUUGUUUUACAGGUAACGAAAUGUCUUGUCAGUUUCUUGAAAGUCUGUCGUGGUCAGGAAUGCUUUUUGCUAAAAAUGCAACAAAAUACAGAAGAAAAAGAGGGUUGCAUCGAUCCUUCGAAAAAUAUAGAUGGGGCGGCCAAUCGGGCUACCUCAGUUGUUCAAAUUUCACCAUUAAUAUCAAUGUAAAUAACUGAAAAUACAAACUUUUUUUGACGUCCGCUCUCAAAAUUUGAUGUUUUACUUUUAACACUAGUGCUAUAAAGACUUUAUGGCACUAGUGCGAUAAAGUAACAUUUUUAAUACUUCGGGGCGGUGUUAAAAAUUGCAUUUUUAACACGUUUGUAGAAAAAAGUAUUUUUAAGGCACUUGUGAAUUGCAGAAUUCGCUUCGCUCAUUCUGCAAACUUUCACAUGCGUGCCUUAAAAAUGUACUUUUAACACUUAUAUCAUAAAUAACUAUUACACCACGCCAUUGUUGAUUUAGAUUAAAGCUUGAAUGUAGAAUAGCUACUGGAUACUGAUACAAGACGUCCUGUGGAGGGAUAACGGGCUGCAAGAUGGAUGUCAAUGUGUUGUCUCAUGAGGGAGAGAAAAAUUACUUUACACCACUUUAUGCUUAUGUCCGCCGGAAGAAUGUAUGUUGAGAAAUGGUGAUACAUCAGUCCAAGACGUUUUUUCGGGGAAAAAAGUCAUUAAAUCCGUUUUCUUUUUUAACUGAACUGUUGAGUUAUUUACUGAACCAUUCACUGCUCAUUCUUUUCUAAAUGAUACAGAUGGAAAAGGAUAGUUGACAUAACAGCUCAACAGGGGAGCCUGCUGAAUACAGGAAUUAUAAUUUCUGUUUACAAUUCCAGACAGAUCAUUUGUUGUGUCAUUUUUUUGCUGCUUUAAAAUCAAAUUUCUCAAAUUUACCUAAUACUUACAAUCCGUUAUGUGUUAUGGCAUAUCCACCUCAAAAAAACUUAAAUGAUUAUACGCCGUCAGAAUAAGAAUAAUUUUCAACCUUUUUUCAUUUGAUGUCCGUAGAGACAUUCAAAUAUACAUAUUAUUGAGAGAAUUUUGCGCAAUAGAUUUAUUCUACGUGGUAAAGAGCAAAAAUAUUUAAAAUUAAUGUGCGUAAUUUGUAAUUUGGAGUAGUAUUCACCUUUGUACCUGAUGGAUUGACCCCCGGCAAAAUUAGUCAACUUCAUCACCGUCUUGCAGGCCUUUCUUUCCAUUUAGAACGUCUUGUAUUUUUAAAAAUCUUAUCAAUUUGUUCUGUUUUUCCCAUUAGUACCAGUGCAAGACGGUGUAAAAUGAUUUCUCACUCCUUUAUAAGACAACAUAUUGACCUCCGUCUUGCAGCCCGUUAUCCCUCCACAGGACGUCUUGCAUCAGUAUCCAGUGGCUAUUCUACAUUCAAGCUUAAAUCUAAAUCAACAAUGAAUUGGCGUGAAAUGAUAUUUCACCCCUCUGAAAAAUUGACAAUUUCUAUCUAAUAUUAACAUCCCCAAAACCUCCAUGAAAACGUCUUGCAUGUGUUAAUCCAAUUUUGUUUGUGUACAAAUUAACUCAAUAAAUAAAUGCAAGACGGUGUAUAUAUAUUUUCCUUAUUUAUGACGACAUUUUCUGAAAUAUUUUUUUCAGCGAAAUCCCCCACUCCCAUUUAUUUCCCUGCACAAGUGCAUUUCAACAUCAUGUUAUCUAACUGAUAAUAACAAUGCAAGACGAUGUAAAAUGAUUUGAUGAAAUAGGCCUCGUAUCCCGUACUAUAAGUGCACUUGGAUCUUGGCAACCUGGCUUUAUCCAAGUUCAUUUUGAUAAGUCCCUACUUCCAAGUACUAAGUAGGCUGACUGCCAACUUACUUAGUCCAUGUACACGUGGAUGAGAACUUGGACACAGUAAAUUGGCAGCCAGCAUCCUAAUUUCAAAAUCUAUUCAACUAGACUUGGAUUAGCAGUUUUCACGAUAUUAUCCAAGUGAGGUGCGCGCAGCAUUCAAGUACUCUUGGAACGUGUCAACCUGGCUUAAAAGAAAGUUGUAGGAUUGUAUAUCUUAAAUAAAAGUUCACUCUUGCCAGGAACGGCCCUAAUCGAAUCAGCUGCUAUAUUCAAAAUGUGAUAUUUCUAUAAUUUUGUUCUGGUUGACACAAAUAUUUGGAUCUUUUUUGGAAUGUGAUAUUAAACUAGAAGUUGGAAAAAAAAAUGGUGAGGCAAAAUUGAUGUGAUAUUGGUUAAAAUUGUUGACAAAUUGUAUUAUUUUUUCUAUAAAAUAGAAACAAAAUUGUAUGGUUAUUUUAUUUUCUGAAUAGAAGUUCUGUUUAUAUCUCUCUUCGACUCAUUUGGUAAGAAUAAAAAGUUGUUAAAACAAUAA